AAAAAAAAAACAACCUAAAAAGUACAUCUAUCAAUAAGAAAAUCAUCAUCAUGUUCAACAGCAAUACAAGGUACAAAGAAUCUUCUCAAUCAUCUUAUUGCAUCCAUUCAUUGUGCAAAACCCACCCACAGUAAAAGAAAAAGCUAAGAAAAUAAUAUUAUUCAUGACAAAACAAAAAGGCUAUUUUUGAAAAGCAAGAGAUUCAACAAGCACAAAGAGAGGCAGACAAACAGCCGGAUUUCCAUCGUCUAGGAAAAGGGGUAGGGGAGCGAGCUGCAAAAGGCAUAUGUAUGGGCAUUUCCAAAUUUUGAUAAAGAUUUUGGUAUUGGGGACAAAUAUGUGAAAACAAAUUAAAUAUUAUAGCGGACUUGAGGGGUUUAUAUGCAAGGAAAACAGAAUUGCCGUUACGAAAAGAGAAAGUCACGUGAGCUGCGUGCAAUUCUCUCUGACACAUAACUUCUUUUUGGCACUGUACCUCUCUCGCUUAGACAGCAAUGGCGUUUAAUCUUCCUUCUCUCUUUUCCUCCUCCGCCUUUUUCCCUCUAUCUUUCUGUACUGUGUGAUGGUUAUGGAGCUUGAGAUUCUCUGCAACCAUUUCUCUGCUAUAAAGCUUUAGUCUUUUUUCUUUUUUUUCUUCUCUUUCUGUUUGUUUCUCUUUAUUUUCUCCAUGGCGUUUAAGCUUCUCUUUCCCGUUCACUUUGUGUUGCCACUCCUCUUUUUGGUCUCAAACGCCAUUGUAGACCAGAACAAUGAAUACCCAGAAAGAGAAGCCCUUCUUUCCUUCAAAGCCUCCCUUGAAAAUCCUCAUUUUCUCUCCUCGUGGAACCCAUCGACCCCACACUGCAACUGGGAUGGUGUCUCUUGCCAACUCGGCAAAGUCACCUCUCUCUCUCUACCAACUCGGUCCCUGAGAGGUUCUCUCCCUCACUACAUUUUCUCUCUCACCGGCCUCACCGUCCUCGACCUCUCUUCCAAUUUCUUCGACGGCGAAAUCCCACCUCAGGUUCGGAGCCUCAGACGCUUAACGCAGUUGUGCCUCGGUGACAACCAGUUGUCCGGUGAGAUCCCGAGUCAACUCGGUGAGCUCACUCAGUUGCAGGUCCUUAAACUGGGUCCCAACUUGUUCACCGGGAAAAUCCCACUGGAGCUUGGGAAACUGGUUCGGCUUCAGACUCUUGACCUCUCCGGCAAUGCUCUCACAGGACUCGUUCCCGCAGAGAUAGGCAACUUGACCAAGCUCCAGUUUCUGGACUUUGGCAACAACAUGCUCUCAGGUUCUCUUCCUUUAUCUCUCUUCGGUAAUCUUCAGUCUCUAACUUCGCUGGACGUAUCGAACAAUUCGUUUUCUGGUGCAAUACCGUCUGAAAUUGGUAACAUGAAGAAUCUCACUGAUCUCUACAUUGGAAUUAACCAUUUUUCUGGUCAGUUGCCUCGUGAAAUUGGUGAACUUUCUCGUCUGGAGAACUUCUUUUCUCCUUAUUGUUCUAUAACAGGUCCAUUGCCUGAGGAAUUGUCUAAGUUAGAGUCAUUGAGUAAGCUUGACCUCUCCUACAACCCAUUGAAGUGUUCUAUACCAAAAUCAAUCGGGAAAUUGCAGAACCUGAGUAUUUUGAUUUUGGUUGAUUCUGAGCUCAAUGGGUCCAUACCUCCUGAGCUGGGAAAAUGUAGAAAUUUGAAGACUUUGAUGCUUUCCUUUAAUUCACUCUCUGGGACAUUGCCUGAGGAGCUUUCUGAGCUUCCCAUGUUGACAUUUGCUGCUGAAAAGAACCAGCUUUCCGGGACGUUACCUUCUUGGCUUGGAAAAUGGAAUCAGGUUGAUUCUCUUUUGCUUUCGAGCAAUCGGUUUUCUGGGAAAAUCCCACCUGAGAUUGGGGAUUGUUCUAUGAUUAGGCACCUUAGUUUGAGCAAUAACUGGUUGACUGGUUCAAUACCGGAAGAGCUCUGUAGUGCUCUGUCACUGAUGGAGAUUGAACUCGACAGCAAUUUUCUCUCUGGUACAAUCGAACGCACGUUUGCAAAGUGCAGGAAUCUUACUCAAUUGACCUUGGUGAAUAAUCAGAUUGUUGGUUCAAUACCUGAUUACCUUUCGGAGCUUCCACUCUUGGUGCUUGACCUUGAUUCCAACAAUUUCACGGGUACAAUUCCUACUAGUAUUUGGGAUUCAACUAGUUUGAUGGAAUUCUCUGCCGCUCAUAAUCAGUUGGGUGGCUCUCUCCCGAAGGAGAUCGGUAAGGCAGUGGCAUUGGAGACUCUCGUCCUUAGCAACAACCAGUUGAAAGGCACUAUACCGAAAGAGAUUGGCAAUCUUACGUCUCUUUCUGUUCUUAACUUGAAUUCAAAUUUUCUCGAAGGGAGAAUUCCAUCUGAGCUCGGCUUGUGUACUGCACUUACCACAUUGGACUUGGGAAAUAAUCUCCUUAACGGGUCUAUUCCGGAAAGUCUUGUGGACCUGGCUCAAUUAGAAUGCCUUGUCCUUUCUCAUAAUUAUCUGUCUGGGUCCAUUCCGUCAAAGCCAUCUUCAUAUUUCCGUCAGGUUUCUAUCCCUGACCUUAGCUUUGUUCAACAUCAUGGUGUAUUUGAUCUAUCUCACAAUAGGUUGUCUGGCACAAUACCAGAGGAGUUGGGGAACUGUGUUGUUGUGGUAGAUCUUCUGCUGAGUAACAACUUGCUUUCUGGGAAAAUUCCAAGAUCCCUCUCUCUCUUGACAAAUCUUACAACCUUGGAUUUAUCUGGGAAUUUGCUUACUGGUUCAAUUCCUCAGGAGUUUGGUGAGUCCCUUAAACUUCAGGGCUUGUAUCUGGGAAAUAACCAGCUCAGAGGCAGCAUCCCAAGAAGCUUAGGUGGUUUGGCUAGUUUGGUAAAGCUAAAUUUAACUGGUAAUAAGUUAUCUGGUUCACUACCAGUAACUUUUGGGAACUUGAAAGAGCUAACCCACUUAGAUUUAAGCUCUAAUGAGCUCAGUGGUGAGCUUCCUUCAUCUCUUUCGGGCAUGCUGAACCUUGUGGGGCUUUACGUUCAGCAGAACAGGCUAUCUGGUGAAGUUAAUCAGCUCUUCUCGAACUCCAUAGCUUGGAGGGUUGAAGCUAUAAAUUUGAGUAAAAACUUCUUCGAAGGGGAACUGCCACAGGCUUUGGGCAAUCUCUCCUACCUGACUUUCUUGGAUCUUCACACGAAUAUGUUUGUGGGGGUCAUUCCUGCAGACCUUGGGAAUCUGAUGCAACUGGAAUAUUUUGAUGUAUCAAGGAACAGGUUAUCUGGACGAAUUCCUGACAAGAUAUGUGGUCUGAUCAAUCUGUCUUGUUUGAAUUUGGCAGAAAAUAGAUUGGAAGGGCCUAUUCCCAGAGGUGGAAUUUGCCAAAACGGGUCAAAAAUUUUGCUUGAUGGGAAUAAAUAUCUGUGUGGGAGAAGUAUGGGUUUAGAUUGCCAGAUCAAAGGUUUUGAUAAAUCUGCAUUGUUGAAUGCUUGGGGACUGACUGGGAUCGUAGUUGGAAGCGUUCUUAUUAUUCUUACCACUGCUUUUGCGCUUGUGAGAUGUAUUACCAGAAACAGCAGGCAAAAUGACCCUGAAGAAACUGAGGAAAGCAAGCUCAACAGUUUCACGGAUCAAAAUCUCUAUUUCCUCAGCAGCAGCAGAUCAAAGGAACCCUUAAGCAUCAAUGUCGCCAUGUUUGAGCAGCCUCUCUUGAAAUUAACCUUGGUCGAUAUUCUUGAAGCCACCAACAACUUCUGCAAGACGAACAUAAUUGGAGAUGGAGGAUUUGGGACGGUGUAUAAAGCUACUUUGCCUAAUGGAAAAACAGUCGCAGUUAAAAAGUUAAGUGAGGCUAAAAACCAAGGUCAACGAGAAUUUAUUGCUGAAAUGGAAACCUUGGGAAAGGUUAAGCACCAAAAUCUCGUCCCCUUGUUGGGGUACUGCUCUUUUGGUGAGGAGAAGGUCCUUGUUUAUGAAUAUAUGGUCAAUGGGAGCCUAGAUCUUUGGCUUAGAAAUCGCAGUGGGGCACUUGAAGUCUUGGAGUUGGACUGGGGUAAACGCUUCAAAAUUGCAACUGGUGCUGCUCGUGGACUAGCUUUUCUUCACCAUAAAAUCAUUCCACACAUAAUUCAUAGGGAUGUUAAAGCCAGCAACAUCUUACUCAAUGAAGACUUCGAGCCAAAGGUUGCAGAUUUUGGGUUGGCAAGACUGAUAAGUGCAUGUGAAACUCAUAUUACAACUGAUGUUGCAGGAACCUUAGGUUACAUUCCUCCAGAGUAUGGACAGAGCGGGAAGUCUACUACAAGGGGGGAUGUUUAUAGCUUUGGUGUGAUAUUGCUUGAAUUGGUAACAGGGAAAGAACCCACCGGACCCGACUUCAAAGAGAUUGAAGGUGGGAAUUUGAUUGGCUGGGUGUUUCAAAAGAUUAAGAAGGGGUUGGCUGUUGAUGUUCUUGAUGCAACUGUACUGAAUGCAGACUCGAAGCACAUGAUGCUUCAAAUGCUGCAGAUUGCUUGCAUAUGCCUGGCUGAUAAUCCUGCGAGCAGGCCCACCAUGCUCCAAGUGGUCAAGUUCUUGGAAGCUAUCAAAGAUGAGUAACAUGUUAAGAUUUUAAUUAUGUCAUCAGGGUCUUAGCUAGCUAGCUAGCUUAGGUUAAUUUUAUAGCUUUUAAUAAUAAUACUGUAAAGUCUGUUUAGGAAAAGUCAGGAUUUUAUGUUGCAAUACUUGGACUACUUCUAAUCUAAUAUCACGAUUAAGGGUUUCAUACUCUUCUUAACAUAAAU